UCAUCAAUUCCCAACGUUUCACUCGUAGAUCCUACUACCAUAUAUAGAAACCCUGUACAGCAGAAAUUACCGAGCCAAAGUUAACGCCGGACGGUCCGAACCUUCCUACUACAAAACUUAUCUAAAACCCAACACUGCAAUUUUCUAGAUCCUUCCAACUCAAUUUCGUUUCACCUGAUCAGAAUUCGUUUGCAGAUGCUUCAGUCCGACUCCAUUUCAGGUCAAACUUUUCAAUUCAUAAGUUACUUCUUUCAGUUAUUCGAUUCUAGAUCUGGGUUUUGUUCAAUUACUGUUUUUUCCUCUUCUUUGGGCCUUAAAUUUUGAUAAAGUUGGGGAACUAGGGUUUGGUUUGUGAUUGAUGAGAUGAAAGAGGUGAAAAAGAAAACCUCUUCUGGGUGUUUGAUUAUUAACAACAAGGUUACUGAUAGUGUUGAUUUAGGGGAAUUUGAGACCAAGAAAAGGGGAUUGGAUGUGUUUGAGUUUGAUGAGUAUGAUGGGUUGGAUGAUAAUAGGUAUAUGAAGGAUGCUGAUGAUGGCAGGUAUAGGUGGAUUGAUUCCAAUCGGAAGAGUGGGGAACGAAUGGAGUCCCGGAAUGGUGAGACGAGUCGGUCUGAGGUUGAAGAUGAUGAGGCCGACUUGCCCCUUUCGGUUUUGAGGAAGAAGUAUCGGUUGUCGUCGGGUAAGUCGAUUAGAUUGCAAGGGAAAAAUGGAGUCUUGAAGGUAAUGGUGAAUAAAGAUAAGCAGAUGGGUGUUUCGCGUUCAGGUUAUGAUCAUGCGAUGGGUGAUAAUCCGAAAGAAACGAAGCCGAAAGUUGUGCAUGAGAAGGUGUUGGACAGGGAUGGUCGAGACGGACAGACUUCUGUAAAUGAAGAUGCUAAAAAGAAGAAAUCGGAGAUGAAACUUGUUAAAAACGGAGGAAAUGUUAAGCAAAUAGGUGUUUCGCGUUCGGGUUAUGAUCAUGCAGUGGCUGAUAAUCAGGAAGAAACGAAGCCGAAAGUUGUACAUGAGAGGAACUUGCGCAGGGAUGAUCGAGACGGACAGACUUCUGUAAAUGAAGAUGCUAAAAAGAAGAAAUCGGAGAUGAAAUCUGUUAAAAAGGUUAGUAAAAUUAAGAAGGAAAUGAAGGUGAAGCGUGGUAGUGGUACUACUGAAAAGCAAAUAUUGCGUGAAAAGAUUAAGGAUAUGCUUGUUGCUGGUGGUUGGAGCAUAGAUUAUAGACCGAGAAGGGGCCGAGACUACAUGGACGCUGUCUACAUUAGUCCUUCCGGAACUGGUUAUUGGUCUAUCGUCAAGGCUUACGAUGUGUUUCAAAAGGAGGAAAAGAAUGAUUUUAAAGAUGGUGGUGGCAAGGUGACUCCUUUACGUGAGGAAAUUCAGGAUAAAUUAACGAGACAAGGACACAAGACACCCGAAAACGGAAUCAAAACAUAUUCAAGAAGAAGCAGGAAAAUAGGCAGAUGUAGUUUGUUGGUUCGCGCGUAUGACAACAAGGUGGAAAAUGGCGACGGGUUUGUUCCAUAUACAGGAAAACGGACCCUACUCUCGUGGUUGGUAGACUCGGGCGUGGUGCGUUUGAGGGAACAUGUGGAAUACAUGCACCCGAGAAAGACGCGUGUAUUACAAAAAGGAUGGAUUACAAAAGAUGGGAUCCAUUGUAGUUGUUGUAGUAAAAUUGUAACGGUUUCAAAGUUUGAGGCGCAUGCGGGAAGUAAAGUCGGGCAGCCAUUUACGAACAUGUUUUUGGAGUCGGGGAAGUCACUGAUGCAGUGUCAGAUUGAUGCGUGGGAUAGGCAAGGAGAGUUGGAGAGAACGGGUUUCUACAGUGUAGAUGUUGAUGGUGACGAUCCUAACGAUGAUACGUGUGGGCUAUGUGGUGACGGUGGGGACUUGAUCUGUUGUGACGGUUGUCCCUCAACGUUUCACCAGACCUGCUUGGACCUACCGAUGCUUCCGCAGGGUGAUUGGCUUUGUCCAAAUUGUACCUGCAAAUAUUGUGAAAAAAUAGCUUGUACGAAUGCCACUCAAGAUUCACUUCUUACGUGCUACCUUUGUCAGAAGAAAUAUCAUGAAUCAUGCAGUCCGGAAACUAAUGUCAAGCCAUCCGAGUCGGAUUAUUCCGAUCUGUCCUUUUGUGGACACGCGUGUCAUGAGCUAUACAGUCAGUUGCAGAAGCUUGUUGGGGUGAAGCAGGAACUGGGUUCAGGAUUCUCAUGGUCUCUUCUUCAUCGAUCGGAAUUACCGAGGGACGCAUCUUCUGUAGAGCUUUCCCAACGGGUAGAAUGCAAUUCUAUGCUGGCUGUUGCCAUGUCAGUCAUGGAUGAGUGUUUUUUACCUUUCACCGACAGGAGAAGCGAGAUCAAUUUAAUCCGUAAUGUAGUCUUCAAUUGCGGAUCCAACCUUAGCCGGUUAAAUUACAGUGGCUUUUAUACAGCUAUAUUGGAGAGGGUGGACGAAAUUGUUUGUGCGGCAUCCAUCAGGAUCCAUGGAACUAAACUUGCAGAGAUGCCAUUUAUUGGGACUCGUCAUUUAUGUAGACGCCGAGGGAUGUGCCGUCGCCUACUAUCCGCUAUUGAAGCGGCUCUAUCUUCCCUCCAAGUUGAGAAAUUGAUAAUACCCGCGGUUCCUGAACACAUGGAUACAUGGACUGAUGUUUUUGGUUUUCAACCACUGGAAGAAUCAGACAAACAACAAUUGAAAUGUAUGAACAUGUUGGUGUUUCCUAAGACAGAUAUGUUACAAAAAGCGCUCGAGAAAGUAAAGACAGAUUCUGGGUCUCAGGAAUCUAAACACUCAAUUUCCGUAGACGAAUCUACUUCCCAGGAGGCCAAUGCUUCAGUUGCGCUCGAGAAAGUAAAGACAGAUUCUGGGUCUCAAGAAUCUAAACACUCGGUUUCCGUAGAUGAAUCUACUUCCCAGGAGGCCAAUGCUUCAGUUACUCCUUGUGAACCUGAGGGGAUGGAAUCUGUUUCUGUUCAAAAACCAAUUGUAGAAGAAACUGGUGUGCAGAAUGUCAAUUCCUAACAGUAGUGUUUCUUGGUCCGAUCCCCUAAAGGAUUUGAGCAUGAGGCCGAAAUCGCGCAUAGCUUUAAAAAGUUCAGUUGAAAGGGUGGUUGUAUGUAGAAAAUAGUUGUUGCAUUGACUCCAAUUCCCUUGGGGGAAUUAAGCAUACUUUAGGUUUUAAUUUAUUUAAGUACACCUCUUUAUACAGUUAACCUUAAAAUUUGAGAUACCUUCAAGUA